CAGGGGGCGCACUGCUGCUGUCGUAAAGCCUGCCGUAAGUGGAGCCGCAGCAAUGGCCGCCCGCUGGAGGAGGAUCGGACGACGGACCGAACGGACCGAACGGACCGAUGAGUGAUGGAUCAGAUGUGGCUCUCGGUGCAGCAGCUUGUGGAGCGCUUCAUGGUGACGUCAGUGACGGAAGUCUGUCAGCGACUUAAAGACAGAGAAGAAGAAGACUCCAGGACGGAGGAGGAGCUGCUGGAUGUGAUGAGGAGGUGCUGUGAGGCUCUGCUGCAGGAUCUGAUGAGGCUGCUGAAGGAGAAGCAGGAACAGCAGGAGCUUCAGGAGGAGAACCCAAAGCAGAAGGAGCUUCAGCAGAUGAACCAGGAACAGAAGGAUCUUAUUGAAGAGAACCAGGAACCGAGGAAGCUUCAGGGGGAGAACCCGGAGCAGAAGGAGCUUAAGGAGGAGAACCACGAGCUGAAAGUUAAACUAGCAUCAUGUGAUAAGAGGAGGCUCCAUGACUCCACGUCCCCUGCAGCUGAAGGAGAUGCCCUGGUGGAGGUGAUCCACCAAUCAGAUGCUCUGACAGGGGAAAGCAGCAGCUUCUCCAAACGGACCAACUUCAGCCCCCACCUGCGGGUCCACAGCCGAGCGCGGCCCUUCACCUGCUCCACCUGCGGGAAGUGCUUCUCCACCCGCAGCAGCAUCAGAGAGCACCAGCUGACGGUGCACGGCGAGCGUCGUCCCUUUAGGUGCUGCCACUGCGGGAAGCCAUUUGUCACCCGCAGCCACCUCAGGGCGCACCUGGCCCCCGGCCGGCCGCUCGCCUGCCCGGCCUGCGGCGAGACGCUGGUGGCGUGGUGCCGCCUACGUCAGCACAGGCUCACCUGCCGGGUGACGGCCGGCGGGUUCAGGUGUGCUGAAUGCGGGAAGGACUUCUCAAAGCGCAGCUACCUGUCCGCCCACCGGAGGGUCCACCUCAAGGAGAAACCCUUCAGAUGUCCCACCUGCGAGAAAGGGUUCACCACGCGCCGCAGCUCCCGCGUCCACCAGCUGACCGUCCACAAGGGACUGAGGCCGUUCACAUGCGUCGUCUGCAGGAAGACCUUUAGCCAGCGGGGAGGCCUUGCCGCGCACCUGAGGACGCACACGGGGGAGCGGCCCUACACCUGCCAGCAGUGUGGGAACAGUUUUUCCAGCAGGAGCGGCCUGUCGGUGCACCACCGCGUCCACACGGGGGAGAAGGCCUUCGGCUGCGACACUUGUGGGAAGAGCUUCAGCGUGGCGGCCAAUCUGCGGCGCCACCGGCUCGUCCACUUGGGCCGCCGCCACUUCAGCUGCGACGUGUGCGGCCGCGGCUUCACGCAGGCGGCGCAUCUGAAGGCGCACCGCGCGGCGCACAGCGGCGAUUGGGCGUUCAUCUGCAACGCCUGCGGCAAAGGCUUCGGGCAGCGGAGCGCACUGCUGGCGCACGAACGCGGCCACUCUGGCACCAAACCGCACGGCUGCGGCGAGUGCGGGAAGAGCUUCUCCUCGGCCGCCUCGCUGAGACGCCACCAGCUGGCGCAUGGCGGGCAGAAGGUUCACACCUGCGACGAGUGUGGGAAGAGCUUCACGAGCGCCCAGAUCCUGAAGACCCACCUGCGACUGCACGCCAGCGGCGCAGCGUUCUCCUGCGACGUGUGCGGCCGCGGCUACAGUUCGCCAGGCUACCUGAGGACGCACCGCCGCAGCCACUCGGAGGGGAAGCCCUUCGGCUGCUCACAGUGCCCAAAGACCUUCUCCGCACGAGCCAGCGCAAAGCUGCACGAGCGUACGCACAGCGGAGAGAAGCCGUACGUCUGCGAGGUCUGUGGGCGGAGUUUCAGCGUGUCGCAGAACCUGGUCAGACACGCGCGCGUCCACAGCGGAGAAAAACCCUACGAGUGCGGCGUCUGCGGGAAGAAAUUCAGUCAGAACAACAACCUGAAGUCUCACCUGCUGGUUCACUCAGGACUCAAACCCUUCAGCUGCUCCUCCUGCAGCAGGAGCUUCGCCUCCUCCAGGAGCCUAAGAGAGCACAAAUGUGCUUCCACCAAGUGAAGCCACAUAGCCGAUCCCCGAGGGGGGGUGGGCGGAGUCUCUUAAAUGACCUGUCAAUCACUGUGUACUUUCAAUGGACCAUAAUGUACUAGAUGAACAUCAUGCUGUAGUGAAGAAGACUUGAAACUAGAGACCAUAAACUCAUGUUUACAAUGUUUACUGAGGGAAUAAAUCAAGAAGAAAUCCAUUUCUCAUAGACUUCUCUGAAGGGUUAUGGGCUGUUAUAAGAAUGUUUAAUUGAAUUCCUUCUAUGAUGUCAAAAUAAAAUGAAUUGACUUGAAUUCAAUAUUUUUAUGUGUGCUACAUUUUAAUAUUCAUGGUACUUUUUAAACUUAAUUUGUUGGAAAACCAUUGAUUGCACUUAUAU